AUGGUUUCCAUUCCCGAAUGGAUGGAUGCUGACUUUUUUCAAGACAUCCUAUCAAAGAUCUUUAAGGAAGAAAGAAAUAUUCAGGCACAAGAGAUUGUAGUUUCUGUACCUAAGGGCAAUUCUUCGACUGACGAUGUCUUUCGGUCCAAGAUCAUCUACACAAGUGAUAAGAAGUGCGACAAAUCCAUUUCGAUUAUUAUUAAAAAGCUCUCAUCUGACAAAGAGGAUCCGAUGAAGAAUUCUCUCGUGAUGAGACAUUCCAAGUCCAUGUCCGUGGAAGUCGAUAUGCACGUUAAUAUCCUUCCAGUUAUGCACCGUUUGCUCGAAGUUUCGGGAAUUAAAUCCAAAUUCGGCCCACAGCUAUAUGCAAACAUCUCAGGACCGUGUGAUGUCCUUAUUCUGGAAGAUCUUCAUGAGGAAUAUGAAAUUAUAUCAGAACGCUUCGAUAUUGACAACAUGGAGACAGUUUUAACACAACUAGCUCAAUUUCAUGCAGCAUCGUACUACAUGGCCGCUGAGGAUAAAAAAGAUUUUUCCAAAUUUCGCUAUGGAAUUUUUAAUUUUGGAACUCAAGGAUCAAAAUUCUUCCUUGAAGGUUUAAAGGAUUUCACAAAAGAAGCCCUAAAGUGGCCUGAAUUUAAGGAUUUUCACGCUCAAAUACAAGGCUUAGAGGAGAAAUUUAUGGACGCCCGAAACUACCUUUAUAGAUUCGAUACAGAUUACAAUGUUCUGAAUCAUGGUGACUUUCACAUGCGAAAUAUUCUGUUCAAGAUAGCUGAUAAUUCCAUCCAGCAUGUGAUAAUGCACGACUUUCAAACCAACGUUUGGUGCUCACCGGCGUUAGAUCUCAUUUACACCUUCUACCUGAUAGCAGAUAGCCAAACUCUUCACGACUGCCGAUCGCAGAUGCUUUCGUCAUAUCACAGAACGUUUGUGAGUACGCUCAAAAGUAUGGGAUUCAUGGGACAAGCUCCAACACUUCUGGAUCUCAAUGUGGAACUUCUGCGAAAUGGAUUUAUAGAGAUUUUUGUCUCAAUAAUCUUUCUUCCGUAUCAAUUUGUACAGUUUGCAAGUAAGCAGUUACAGGCCAGAAUUUCUAAGGAGAGCUCAGCGAAUGCUAGAUCCCUUCUCUACACAAUUCCUGAAUAUCAGAAAGCAAUGAAGAAGCUUUUUGAGACUUUUCUCUAUAAAGGAUUUUUUGAUAUUUAAAUUGUUUUUGAUAACGUAUUUUUGACCAUAUUCCUUAAAAAAUACAUAAUAUUUUAGGAAAUAUAUAUUUUGAACCCUAGUCUCCCCUAUGCUUCUGCACGAUAGCAAAAAUAGCGGAGAUACCUUAAAAUAUUAUUAAUUGAGCCAUAAACAAAUUAAAAUAAUUUAUAUAGAAUUUUCUUUUAAUUUGUAAUGAAAUUAUGAGUUUAUUCAACUCCUACAUCAUUGAGAAAUUAUAAAAAAAAAAUAAA